AUGUUUGUCGCGGAUGUGCGGACCGGUGCUUUACAGCAUAAAGAUCUAUCACCUCGGAGAUGUCACCAUUGCAGUCACAAUUCAACAGCAUGUGAACUUCCCGGCUCUCCUGUUGUUUGCCCAGCUGGUCAACCAUUUUGUGCAACUGUAGCGGCAUCGCCCAAUUUUACGUCCACAUUAACAUGCGCCGUUGCAAGCGAGCUGCCGUGUUCAUUAACGUUUAAUUCGAAAUUGGCCCUGGAGAUGAUCUGUAUAUGUGAAUACCAUCUCUGCAACGCGCCAUAUUCCGCACAACUACGAAAUGAGCUACUUAAUUUUUCAGCAAAAAUCCCAAUUAACACUACUGAGCUUACUGUAGCUUUUCUAAAAUCGUCUGCUUUCGUGAACGUGACUUUUUCAGAAUUAUAUGGAGUUAUAACAAAUUCUAGUAAAGCAAAUGAAAAGUCCGUUUACGAAACAACCAUGAAUUUGUUAACAUUUGGAGGAUCAGACGAAGCACCACGAGCAGAAGCUUUAAAGAAUGAAGCGACGGUGCCGCCUGAUGAUGAUGAAGAUGAGGGAGAAGGGAGUGGGACCUUUGAAGAAAAUAAAUCUCAAGCGGCACCGGCCGCUCCCAGUUCUUUUUUGCCAGCAGAAGAAAAUAAUGUCUCAUGUUUAAGCUUAAACAAAUUGUUAUUACUUAUUACUUCAUCGUAUUUUCUUGUGAUAUUG